AUGAAUGAUUGUGAAAACUUCUCACCCUCGCCAGAGUUCAAGUGGCUCUGCGAUGAGUUGCUUGGAAAGAUAUACGAAACCUCAAGCAAGAAGCAUCUUAUUGGAAAACCGGUUACCGUAAGAUACUUAGAGAUCAUAACAAAUUUCAUCAAGCUAUGGAGAAGCACCGUCGGAAAUUAUAUAUACCCUGCGUUACGUCUAAUAGUACCGUUCAGAGAUCGACGAAUUUACAACGUGAAGGAGAAUACGUUGAUUAAAGCGUUGUGCCGUUAUUUAAGGUUGCCAAAAAGCUCAGAAACAGAAAACAGGUUGCUUCGAUGGAAACAACGGGCUGCUAGAGGAGUCAAACUAUCAGAUUUCUGCGUAGAGGAGAUCCGAAAGCGCCAAAAGGACUAUGAAGGUGCCAACAGGAUAACAAUCGACGAAUUGAAUGGUUACUUGGAUGAGGUUUCACAAGAAGGAAAUGGAAAACGAAUGGGAUAUAUGGCACUCACUGAUUCUAGAGCAUUCAAUUACUGUCUAAACCAUAUGACUUUCAUGGAGAUGAAGUUCUUUUUUGAUAUUAUACUCAAGACCAGAGUCCUCUCGGGUUUGGAGAAUAUGUUUCUAACUGCCUGGCACCCUGAUGCAACAGAUUAUUUGAGCGUUGUUUCUGAUCUAGAUGUUUUGAGCCAACGACUAUAUAACCCCAACGAAAGGUUGCGACAAACGGAUUUAUCAAUCACUAUUUCCCAUGCCUUUGAACCUCAACUGGCUAAGAGGACCCAUCUAUCAUAUGAACGCGUUGCCUCGAAAUUGCAACAUGACUUUAUUAUUGAAGAGAAGAUGGAUGGCGAAAGGCUUCAAAUCCAUUACAUAAACUAUGGAGAGCAGAUAAAAUACUUAAGUCGGAGAGGUGUUGAUUUUUCUUAUCUUUAUGGUGAAAACAGCUCUAGCGGCCCUAUUUCCCCGUCCUUAAAGCUACAUUUUAAUGUGAAGGAUUGCAUUCUUGACGGAGAAAUGAUCACUUACGACACGGAAAAGGAUAUCGUUUUACCAUUCGGUCUAGUUAAAUCAAGUGCAAUGAAUCAGAUACAAUCUGAACUUGCUGGAAUUGCCCCUACAGAAUCUUACAAACCAUUGUUCGUUGCUUUCGAUUUGGUAUAUCUUAAUGGAAAAUCUUUGACAAAUCUUGCGUUAGAGCGUCGAAAGGACUAUUUGACAAAAAUUCUCACACCGGUAGAACGCAGUGUCGAGAUAAUUCAGUACAUGAAAGCAAUUAAUGCAGAAGCCAUCAAGGAUUCUCUUGAACAAGCAAUUUCCAUGGGGUCAGAAGGGAUUGUACUGAAGCAUCUACAUUCGAAGUACUUUGUUGGAAGUAGGAAUACAGACUGGAUCAAGAUCAAGCCUGAGUAUCUAGAACAGUUUGGGGAAAAUAUGGAUUUAUUAAUCAUCGGUAGAGAACAAGGAAAGAAAGACUCCUUCUUUUGCGGGCUUUCGAUAAGUGAUCCUAAUGAAGUUGCUGAAAAGCCUCGAUUUAUUUCCUUCUGCACAAUUGCCAAUGGUCUAUCAAAUGAAGAAUUUAAGGAUAUCGAAAGGAAAACUUGGGGAAAAUGGCAUAUCUUUUCAGAAGAUCCUCCUAGUCCGAACUUGUUAGGGUUUGGAACUAAAGUGCCUUACGAAUGGAUCCAUCCUGAGGACUCUGUUGUAUUGGAGGUGAAAGCGAGAGCUAUUGACACCAAAGAGUCCGAGAAGAGGAAAUACAGAUCUGGGUGUACUUUACAUUUUGGUUACUGCAAGCAAAUACGAUAUGACAAAGAUUGGAAAACUGUCGCCUCAUUUUCUGAGUUUGAAGAUAUGAAAGACGCUAGAAACUUUUAUAACAAGAGAAAAUCACAUCAAGUGACAGAUGGUAAAAAGAGAGCUUCUAAAAGGGCUAAGAUUGGCAUAGUAAACUCAUCCGAACCGACAGCAUUGGUUGCUCCGGUCUCUAAUACAUUUUCUAAUUGCAGAUUCAGGGUCAUUUCUGAUUACUUUGAUUCAACUAAAAGGAGACGUAUCAGUCAGGAGGAUUUAUGCUCUGUAAUACUAGAACAUGGCGGAGAAAUUGUUUACACUUCUGAUGAGAAUAAUCUACCGCAGGAUAAUUUAUACAUUAUUGGAGAGAAACUCACAAGAGAAUGCAAGAUACUUUUGAAUGCCAAGAAUUUGAUAAUUAGGCCUUCCUGGAUAUUUUCUUGCAUUGAAGAAGGAUACAAGACACCAUUUACCGAGUCAGAUAUUUUCCGAGGUGAGUUGGAAUCGUCCAUGGAUUGUUCUCAGUUUUACACGGACUUUAAUACUGCUUCUUUAAAUCACCUUUUAGAGACUGCCAACCGAGGUAUCAAGAAUCCUGAUUCUGAUCUAUUGUUGCCGGAAGUCCCGUUAUUUCUUUUCUCCAAUUUAAAACUUGCAGUUCUCAAUAGUGAAAAUGUGCUAGAUACAUCCAUUUUAGAGGUAGAGUUUGCUAUUAAAUGCCACGGUGGAGAAUUAGUGCACAUCGAAAACGCCAGUAUCAUUAUUGUUUUCAACGAUUUUAUUUCGAGGGAAGAUCUUUUCUCGCUAAGACAGAAGAUAGCAUCGAAAGCUGUUAAAGAAUCUACUGAAAGUACCCCAAGAAUACCGAGAAUGGUAGAUAUUUCUUGGGCUCUUGACUCUAUUAAGGACAAUUAUAUUGCUGAAACCGAACAUUAUCAAUGUUUAUAA